AUGGCAGCAUACUACUACUUUGUUACUUUGUUAGUAGGUGAAAUUGGGCGCAUAACAAUGACAGCAAAACGGCGAGGGCGACAAUGCGACAUCGAUAAUGUCGGUGACAACGAUCACGAGAUAGAAGUAGGUCGGUCGGUCGCUAGGUACAAUGAAUGGGUUUGUCAAUUAAGGAGGUGUCAAGUGGAUGACCGUCAACGCCCGUCAUCUGUGGCAUCGAUGUCAUAUGAUAUGCACAUGGAAACAUUGAUCCCAAUCAAGUUACACCAUCUACUUCCUAAUAUGACCUUUAUCACUCUCGAUUUACUUGCUUACAAGCAUACACUGGUAGUAACUGAUGAAAUAUGUUACUUUUUAUUUGGUUAG